AUGAUGCAGUAUGGUGAAUACACAGUCAAGACCACACCUGACGCCUCUCCUCCAAGCACGAGUCCAACUCGUCCGCGCCUCUUAGCCAUCGCGACCGCUAAAUUCAACACAAAACGGUUAUCUGAUGGGUACCAAAAAAAGCUGCCUCCAAGGAUGAUGGAAACGUUCAAGUACUUCCAUAGGAUGCACAACAAGCGUAUCGUAUGGAGUGAGAAAUUGGCAAGUCAGGCAGUGAAUGAAGCAAUCACAGGAGGAACUAAAGCGAAGCUGAAGCUCAGACUACCGAAACCAUUCAAAACAGCGAAGGGCGGAAGACUGAAACUCCAAGAUAAGAUAUUGAACGCCCUCACAAGUCUCUUCAAUAUGAAUGGAAACUUAAACAAUGUCACCGCUCUUCCCUUAGGUACAUUCUACGGAUGCGGCGGCUUUUACACCAAAUUUGAAGAAAUAAUUCUUCUGCAAAUUGCGUGUGUCUACAACUAG